AUGACGACAAACCGACUACUUUUCAGCCCCCACACUCAACGACAACAUGGGGAAAAGAAACAAAAGCUGAAAACUUACCUCGAGGACGUAUCACGGAAAAUAGGUGAUCUUUUCCUGGCGAGGCCUAAAUCCAAAAUGGCGGCGACCCCAGAUCCCCAAAGCUCAUCCUCAGAGGAGGAAACACUAGAUGCUCUAGAUCCCAUACCGGAGGCUACAGACCCCAUCCGGAGCUUAUCAUUGGGUGACCUGAAAGCCCCGGCCACCAAGGGGGACAUCCUAAACAUUCUGCAGAACCUGCGCACCCUGUUUCACUCCGACAUGGCGAUUCUACAGGAGGAAGUGACCGUCGUCACGGGCAGAGUGAGGGUUGCCGAGGAAGACAUAGCCGCAAAAGCACAGCGCCAUCAAACUAGGGAGGAGACUUUGAUAUACCCCCAGUCCUCGCACCACGCACUACAGACCCGGCUGGAUGGCCUAGACGAUGCAAGACGUCGCCCCAACAUAAAUAUCAGAGGCAUUGCCGACUCCAUUGACAACAAAGAACUACCAUAA